AUGGCACGUACUGCUUCUAUCUGGGUGCUGACAGCUUUGUCGACGGGCGUCUUGGGCAAUGCUUCUCCAAAAGCCAAUUAUACCAACACAGCUGUACCACAGGUACCACAUCCUUACUGGUGGGAAGGACCGUACACAUCGUCGCUUGUCGAAAGCGCGUACAAAGCUCCGACAUCCCUUCCACUGCCAACACUACCGUCAUCCGAGGAAGAGCCCUGUGAGACAACGUCAAGCACGUCACCUCCACCGCUACAAUCUUCCGAGCUAAGUGGGACGCAUACUGCGGCUUCCUACGCGCCAGUAUCAGUGACGGGCAGCUAUGAAACCGCAAUCUCUCGGGUUUCGUCCUCUUCAGCAGUACACGAGCCAUCAAUCCCAACGAUCUAUGCAUCCUUACCCACCUAUCCUACUUCCGUAGGCGUCGACUCGAUUGCUUCCACCUGGCUGCCGCCCUCAUACACUGUCGCUAUACCUUUCUACCCCAGUAGCUCGGUUACUUCCACAUGGCUGGCUCCGUCGUACACCGUAGCCGUACCUUUACCUCCGAGCUCUGUUGCUCAGGCGACUUCGUCGUUACAGCUGUCGUCAUCAGAAUACUCCCCAUCGGCCUCGACAGCCCCCAGCGUUUCUAGCUCUGUACCCUCGUACCCCGGAACCACGGGCCUAUCAACACCUACAAUCACAAGCUCUUCCGCUUACCCAACAAAUACACUGUCCACUCUUGGAUCCAGUAAUGUUUCCAGCUCCGUUGCAGCAUCGACCGCAACCAUUAUCAUCCCGGUGCCUCCACCCCAGACAUCAAGCUAUGCCCCGACUACCUCACCCUUGAGCUCUCAGAGCCCUGCCUCAUCAAUAACCCCCACAUCGGAAGCCAGUAUCGCUUCCAGCCUCGUUGCAUCGUCUUCAGUGACUAUCGUCAUCCCGGUCCCUCCACCGCAAGCCUCGAGCUUAGUAUCGGUCUCGUCCGGCAGUGAACCCAGCUCGGCACCAACAGCCUCUUCCUCAACCGUGCCUGGCUCAGAAUCCACAAGUACAGCUCUGGAAACUAGCACACUUUCCAGUCCGUCAUUGUCUACAAUCACAACCGUUACCCUUCCCGUCUCGUCGCAGGUGUUGCCAACGUUCUCUCUGGACAGUUCUUUAAUCUCAUCGGCUAUAUCGUCAGUCCCCUUGUCAAGUGUAGUGGUCCCCCAGCCUUCGAGCACCGCUAGCGAAGCAUCAUCCUUUCUGGUUACAUAUCUUUCAACAUCCAGCACUGUUUCAUCAACGUUAUCAAACGCUAGUCCCUCAAGCAAUUUGCCCACCUCGGUUGGAACAACUCUCCAAGGAGUAACCCCAUUUCCGUCUUCCUCAGAUCUCUCCUCUAUCAGCUCGUCGACGGUUAUCCCUGCAUCCUCUUCAACAGAAAUUACGUCACAAACUACACAGCCGACGGCUGCGGGGUCUUCUGUUCGGUACACGCUGUCUACAAGUGCAACGCCAAGCUCAUCUGCACCUGCAGAGACGACUACCGGCGUUCCGCCUGCACCGCCAGUUCAGACUGGAGCUGCGAGCGCACUGGGCUCAAGUGAAAACGAGAGAGUAUGGUGGGUUUCGUUCUUGCUCACGUUUGUCUUGUUCGUCUGA